UGUGCUCUGUGAACAGGAUGAUGUUAACAGCAUGCUUUUCCCUUCUAGGCUAGUGGAUGACAGAUGUGUUGUAAACCCAGAGGCGGGGGACCUCGCCAACCCUCCGAAGAAGUUCAGAGACUGCCUCUUUAAGGUGUGCCCUAUGAACCGAUAUUCUGCUCAGAAACAAUAUUGGAAAGCCAAGCAAGCUAAACAGGGGAACCACACAGAGGCAGCCUUGCUGAAGAAAUUGCAGCAUGCUGCGGAACUGGAACAAAAGCAAAAUGAAUCAGAGAAUAAGAAACUGCUGGGAGAAAUUGUGAAAUACAGCAACGUCAUACAACUGCUGCAUAUAAAAAGCAACAAGUAUCUGACUGUCAACAAGCGACUCCCUGCUUUACUGGAGAAGAACGCCAUGCGCGUGUCCUUGGACGCUGCAGGGAAUGAAGGGUCUUGGUUUUAUAUCCAUCCCUUCUGGAAGCUGAGAAGCGAGGGUGACAAUAUUGUUGUAGGAGAUAAAGUUGUUUUGAUGCCCGUGAAUGCAGGACAGCCACUACAUGCCAGCAACAUAGAGCUUCUUGAUAAUCCAGGGUGUAAAGAGGUGAAUGCUGUUAAUUGCAACACUAGCUGGAAAAUCACUUUAUUCAUGAAAUAUAGUUCCUAUCGAGAGGAUGUACUGAAAGGUGGUGAUGUUGUCCGACUGUUUCAUGCGGAACAAGAGAAGUUUCUGACUUGUGACGAAUACGAGAAAAAGCAGCACAUUUUCCUUCGCACAACCUUGCGUCAAUCAGCCACUUCUGCCACCAGUUCUAAAGCACUCUGGGAAAUAGAGGUGGUUCACCACGACCCGUGCCGAGGGGGUGCCGGACAGUGGAACAGCUUGUUCAGAUUUAAGCAUCUUGCCACUGGGAACUAUUUAGCUGCAGAGCUUAAUCCUGAUUAUCGAGAUGCCCAAAAUGAAGGAAAAAACGUGAGAGAUGGAGAUCUUCCAACUUCAAAGAAGAAACGCCAGGCAGGGGAGAAGAUCAUGUACACUUUGGUCUCAGUCCCACAUGGAAAUGACAUCGCAUCCCUUUUUGAACUGGAUGCCACAACUCUUCAGAGAGCAGACUGCCUGGUUCCAAGGAACUCGUAUGUUCGGUUAAGGCAUUUGUGUACCAACACGUGGGUCACCAGUACCAGCAUCCCCAUAGACACAGAUGAAGAGAGGCCUGUUAUGUUGAAGAUUGGAACUUGCCAAACGAAAGAAGAUAAAGAGGCCUUUGCCAUCGUGUCUGUCCCGCUGUCUGAGGUCCGAGACCUAGACUUCGCCAAUGACGCGAAUAAAGUGCUAGCGACCACAGUCAAAAAGCUGGAAAACGGCACGAUAACUCAGAACGAAAGGAGAUUUGUAACCAAAUUAUUGGAAGACCUCAUCUUCUUUGUUGCUGAUGUACUUAACAACGGACAGGAGGUUCUGGAUGUGGUUAUCACGAAGCCAAACCGAGAACGUCAGAAAUUAAUGAGGGAACAAAACAUAUUGGCACAGGUAUUUGGGAUUCUUAAAGCACCCUUUAAGGAGAAAGCGGGAGAAGGCUCAAUGCUGAGGCUUGAAGAUCUGGGAGAUCAAAGAUAUGCUCCCUACAAGUACAUGCUGAGACUGUGCUACCGUGUGCUGAGACACUCGCAGCAGGACUACCGGAAAAACCAGGAAUAUAUUGCUAAGAAUUUCUGUGUCAUGCAGUCCCAGAUUGGCUAUGAUAUUUUGGCAGAAGAUACCAUCACAGCUUUGUUGCACAACAACAGAAAACUACUAGAGAAACACAUCACAGCAAAAGAAAUAGAAACAUUUGUUAGUUUGCUCAGGAGAAACCGCGAGCCAAGAUUUUUGGAUUAUUUAUCGGAUCUGUGUGUGUCUAAUACCACCGCGAUCCCUGUAACUCAAGAACUCAUCUGCAAAUUUAUGUUGAGCCCAGGCAACGCCGACAUUCUCAUUCAAACCAAGUUGGUCUCAAUGCAGGGAGACAGCCCCAUGGAGAGCGCCAUCCUGUCAGAUGACAUUGAAGACGAGGAGGUCUGGCUCUACUGGAUUGACAGCAACAAGGAGCCUCACGGCAAAGCUAUCAGGCACCUUGCUCAAGAGGCCAAGGAAGGCACCAAAGCUGAUUUGGAAGUUCUUACCUAUUACAGGUACCAGCUGAACCUCUUCGCAAGGAUGUGCUUGGAUCGCCAGUAUCUGGCCAUAAACCAGAUUUCUACGCAGCUCUCCGUUGAUUUGAUCCUGCGGUGUAUGUCAGACGAGAGCCUGCCCUUUGAGCUCCGAGCAUCUUUUUGUCGCCUCAUGCUCCACAUGCAUGUUGACCGGGACCCCCAGGAGUCCGUGGUCCCUGUUCGCUACGCCAGGCUCUGGACGGAAAUCCCCACAAAGAUCACGAUUCAUGAAUAUGAUUCAAUAACAGACUCUUCCAGAAAUGAUAUGAAGAGGAAAUUUGCACUGACCAUGGAAUUUGUUGAAGAAUACUUGAAAGAGGUUGUAAAUCAGCCUUUUCCGUUUGGAGAUAAAGAAAAAAACAAACUGACAUUUGAGGUGGUCCACUUGGCUCGGAAUCUCAUAUACUUUGGAUUUUACAGCUUCAGUGAAUUAUUAAGGCUAACGAGAACACUUCUGGCUAUCCUGGAUAUUGUGCAGGUCCCCAUGUCAUCGUAUUUUGAAAGAUUAAGCAAAUUUCAGGAUGGAGGAAACAAUGUCAUGAGAACCAUCCAUGGGGUGGGAGAGAUGAUGACCCAGAUGGUGCUCAGCAGGGGUUCCAUCUUUCCCAUGAGUGUGCCUGACAUUCAGCCCAGCCUGCUCCCCAGCAAGCAGGGGACGCCCGCUGAGCAAGAGGACAUCACCGUGAUGGACACCAAACUGAAGAUUAUUGAGAUCUUACAGUUUAUUCUGAGUGUCAGACUCGAUUAUAGGAUCUCAUACAUGCUGUCAAUAUAUAAGAAGGAAUUCGGGGAGAGCAAUGGAAAUGCUGAGACAUCUGCCAGUGGCUCUCCAGAUACACUGCUGCCAUCAGCUAUUGUUCCUGAUAUAGAUGAAAUUGCAGCUCAGGCAGAAACUAUGUUUGCUGGAAGAAAGGAAAAAAACCCAGUUCAACUUGACGACGAAGGAGGCAGGACGUUUCUGCGGGUCCUCAUCCAUCUGAUCAUGCACGACUACCCUCCUCUGCUCUCAGGAGCCCUGCAGCUGCUGUUCAAGCACUUCAGCCAGAGAGCAGAAGUUUUACAGGCAUUUAAACAGGUGCAGUUGCUGGUGUCCAAUCAGGAUGUGGACAACUACAAGCAAAUUAAGGCAGACCUCGACCAGCUUCGACUGACUGUAGAAAAAUCCGAGUUAUGGGUUGAGAAGAGCAGCAGCUAUGAGAAUGGAGAAAUGGGUGAAAAUCAAGUGAAAGGUGGUGAAGAGCCCAUUGAGGACUCAAACAUUUUAAGUCCUGUGCAAGAUGGGACAAAGAAACCUCAGAUUGACAGCAACAAGAGCAACAACUACUGGAUUGUCAAGGAGAUUUUGAUCAGGCUAAGUAAACUCUGUGUACAGAACAAAAAGUGCCGAAAUCAACACCAGCGAUUACUGAAGAACAUGGGAGCCCAUUCAGUGGUGUUGGACCUUCUACAGAUACCUUAUGAAAAGAAUGAUGAAAAGAUGAAUGAAGUCAUGAAUCUGGCCCAUACCUUCCUGCAGAAUUUCUGUCGGGGAAAUCCACAGAAUCAGGUUCUCCUUCAUAAACAUCUGAAUUUGUUCCUAACUCCUGGACUCCUUGAAGCAGAAACCAUGCGGCACAUCUUCAUGAACAAUUACCAUCUGUGCAAUGAAAUCAGCGAGAGGGUGGUCCAGCACUUCGUGCACUGCAUCGAGACACACGGCCGCCACGUGGAGUACCUGAGGUUUCUGCAGACGAUUGUCAAAGCAGAUGGCAAAUACGUGAAGAAGUGCCAGGAUAUGGUAAUGACCGAGUUGAUAAAUGGGGGUGAAGAUGUGCUGAUAUUUUACAAUGAUAGAGCAUCAUUUCCCAUCCUUCUCCAUAUGAUGUGUUCAGAGAGAGACCGAGGGGACGAGAGUGGCCCCUUAGCCUACCACAUCACCCUUGUGGAGUUGCUGGCAGCAUGCACAGAGGGGAAAAACGUCUACACUGAAAUCAAGUGCAAUUCCCUUCUGCCCCUGGACGACAUAGUGAGGGUGGUGACCCACGAUGACUGCAUCCCUGAGGUUAAAAUUGCUUACGUGAAUUUUGUGAAUCACUGUUACGUUGACACUGAAGUGGAAAUGAAAGAAAUCUAUACAAGUAACCACAUUUGGAAAUUAUUUGAGAACUUCUUGGUGGACAUGGCAAGGGUUUGCAACACAACCACAGACAGGAAACAUGCAGACACGUUCUUGGAGAAGUGUGUCACUGAGUCAAUCAUGAACAUUGUGAGCGGCUUCUUCAAUUCUCCCUUUUCAGACAACAGCACCAGCCUCCAGACACAUCAGCCAGUUUUUAUUCAGCUGCUUCAGUCUGCCUUCAGAAUUUACAAUUGCACCUGGCCAAAUCCGUCACAGAAAGCCUCGGUGGAGUCCUGCAUCAGAAGUUUGGCUGAAGUGGCAAAGAAUCGUGGGAUUGCCAUUCCAGUGGACUUGGACGGCCAAGUUAAUACUCUUUUUAUGAAGAGUCAUUCAAAUAUGGUGCAGCGGGCUGCCAUGGGUUGGAGACUCUCAGCUCGCUCUGGACCACGCUUUAAGGAAGCUCUUGGAGGGCCUUCUUGGGACUAUAGAAAUAUUAUUGAAAAGUUACAGGAUGUGGUGGCCUCCUUGGAGCAGCAGUUCAGCCCAAUGAUGCAGGCUGAAUUCUCAGUGUUGGUUGACGUGCUGUACAGUCCAGAACUGCUGUUUCCCGAGGGGAGCGACGCAAGAAUAAGAUGCGGUGCUUUCAUGUCCAAGUUGAUUAAUCAUACAAAGAAGCUGAUGGAGAAAGAAGAAAAAUUGUGCAUUAAAAUUCUUCAGACUUUACGAGAAAUGCUAGAGAAGAAAGACAGCUUUGUGGAAGAGGGUAACACAUUAAGAAAGAUACUCCUGAAUCGAUACUUUAAAGGCGACUAUGGAGCGUGUGUGAACGGACACCUCUCCGGAACCUACUGCAAAUCUGCACAAGGAGGAGGCAAGACUAACCCUUCUUUCCUCAUUUUUGAAUUGUAUUCCUUCUACCAGCAGUUGCAUGAACAAAAAAAGUCAGAAAAAUUCUUCAAAGUUCUGUAUGACCGAAUGAAGGCUGCUCAGAAAGAGAUCCGGUCAACAGUGACAGUUAACACCAUAGACUUAGGUAACAAAAAGAGGGAUGAUGACAACGAGCUGAUGACGUCUGGGCCACGAAUGAGAGUAAGAGAUUCGUCAUUACAUUUAAAAGAAGGAAUGAAAGGGCAACUAACAGAAGCUUCUUCGGCAACAUCCAAAGCAUACUGCGUGUACAGAAGAGAGAUGGAUCCGGAAAUAGACAUCAUGUGCACAGGCUCCGAGGCGGGAAACGCCGACGACAAGUCUGCUGAGGAGGUGACCAUGAGUCCUGCCAUUGCCAUCAUGCAGCCGAUCCUGAGGUUUCUUCAGUUACUCUGUGAGAAUCACAAUCGGGAGCUGCAGAACUUCUUGAGGAAUCAAAACAACAAAACAAAUUACAACCUUGUCUGUGAGACCCUCCAGUUUUUGGACUGCAUCUGUGGGAGCACGACCGGCGGCCUAGGCCUGCUGGGCCUCUACAUCAAUGAGAAGAAUGUAGUGCUGGUCAACCAGACCCUGGAGAGCUUGACCGAGUACUGCCAGGGCCCGUGCCAUGAAAAUCAGACAUGUAUUGCUACCCACGAAUCUAAUGGAAUUGAUAUCAUCAUUGCUUUGAUUCUAAAUGACAUCAACCCUCUUGGUAAAUACCGAAUGGACCUGGUGCUCCAGCUAAAGAACAACGCUUCCAAGCUGCUGCUGGCCAUCAUGGAAAGCAGGCAUGACAGCGAGAAUGCAGAGAGAAUUCUUUUCAACAUGAGGCCCAGGGAGCUGGUGGAUGUGAUGAAGAAUGCCUACAACCAAGGACUGGAGUGCGAUCACGGGGAGGACGAGGGCGGAGAUGAUGGCGUCUCCCCAAAAGAUGUCGGACACAACAUCUAUAUUCUGGCCCAUCAGUUGGCCCGCCACAACAAGCUGUUACAGCACAUGCUGAAGCCAGGAUCCGAUCCAGAUGAUGGAGACGAAGCCUUGAAGUAUUAUGCCAACCAUACCGCACAGAUCGAGAUUGUUCGGCAUGAUAGGACAAUGGAACAAAUAGUGUUUCCUGUCCCCAACAUAUGUGAAUACCUCACGCGAGAAUCCAAGUGCCGCGUGUUCGGCACCACGGAAAGGGAUGAACAGGGAAGUAAGGUGAAUGACUUUUUCCAGCAAACGGAAGACCUCUACAAUGAGAUGAAGUGGCAGAAGAAAAUCAGGAGUAACCCCGCCUUGUUCUGGUUCUCGAGGCACAUAUCCCUCUGGGGCAGCAUCUCCUUCAACCUGGCUGUGUUCAUCAACUUGGCUGUGGCUCUCUUCUACCCAUUUGGGGAUGAUGGAGAUGAAGGGACACUGUCACCACUGUUCUCAGUUGUGCUUUGGAUAGCCGUUGCAGUCUGCACAUCCGUGCUGUUUUUCUUCUCCAAGCCUGUGGGUAUUCGGCCAUUUCUUGUGUCAAUAAUGCUCAGAUCAAUAUAUACUAUAGGUCUUGGACCUACAUUAAUACUUCUUGGUGCAGCUAAUCUUUGUAAUAAAAUCGUGUUUCUGGUGAGUUUUGUCGGAAACCGCGGCACGUUCACCCGAGGGUACCGAGCGGUCAUCCUGGAUAUGGCCUUUCUCUACCACGUAGCGUAUGUCCUGGUUUGCAUGCUGGGCCUUUUUGUCCACGAAUUCUUCUAUAGCUUCCUGCUUUUUGAUUUGGUAUAUAGAGAAGAAACUCUGCUCAAUGUCAUAAAAAGUGUCACGCGCAACGGCCGCUCCAUUAUUCUAACUGCAGUCCUGGCUCUUAUCCUUGUCUACCUGUUUUCCAUUAUUGGGUUCCUUUUUCUGAAGGAUGACUUCACUAUGGAAGUGGAUAGGCUGAAAAACAGAACUCCUGUGACAGGUAGCAGUGCCGUUCCUACUAUGACUUUAACCUCAAUGAUGGGAACAUGUGAAAAGGACAACUGCUCACCCACGAUACCGGCUUCAAAUACAGCUGAGGAAGAGUAUGAAGAUGGAAUUGAAAGGACAUGUGACACCCUCCUUAUGUGCAUUGUGACCGUCCUGAACCAGGGCCUCCGGAACGGCGGUGGCGUGGGAGACGUGCUGAGAAGGCCGUCGAAAGAUGAGCCCUUGUUUGCUGCCCGAGUGGUAUAUGACCUUCUCUUCUAUUUCAUCGUUAUCAUCAUCGUACUUAACUUGAUUUUUGGUGUCAUCAUUGAUACUUUUGCUGAUCUCAGAAGUGAAAAACAGAAAAAAGAAGAAAUUCUAAAGACAACCUGCUUCAUCUGUGGACUCGAGAGGGACAAGUUUGAUAAUAAAACGGUUUCUUUUGAGGAGCACAUCAAGUCGGAACACAACAUGUGGCAUUACCUGUACUUCCUCGUUCUGGUGAAGGUCAAAGACCCCACGGAGUACACCGGACCUGAAAGUUACGUGGCUCAGAUGAUUGUGGAGAAGAACUUGGACUGGUUUCCUCGGAUGCGAGCCAUGUCCCUUGUUAGCAAUGAAGGUGACAGUGAGCAAAAUGAGAUUCGGAACCUGCAGGAGAAGUUGGAAUCGACCAUGAGUCUGGUCAAACAGCUGUCCGGUCAGCUGGCGGAGCUCAAGGAACAGAUGACAGAACAAAGGAAGAAUAAGCAGAGACUGGGCUUUCUCGGAUCAAACACACCCCAUGUGAAUCAUCACAUGCCACCACACUGAUACCAGGGGGGCAGCCGUGACCAGCCUUUCAUCAGCGUCCUGCCUGAUCGCUGGAUAAAGAACUGAGACGGAGGGGAGUGAACAGUGCCUAUUGUUGCAAAGUUAAAAACAACCAAGUGCCAAGACGUUGAGUGGUUUCGCUUGGAGAACAAUUUAUAACUGUGUUUUCAUGGUCGAGAAGACCAAACUUAAAAUGCAGCCGCCAGAAAGCACACAUCACGCAUCCUUAAUGCAAAGAGAAGUCCGCUUGCUCAGAUGGACGGAGAGGGGAGGAGGGAGGCAAGGUGGAAGGAGGUGGAAGGCGGGGAGAGCUACCUUUUGCUAAAUCAAUGAGAGUCCGCUUUCUCUUACAUGCUGGCUGCAGCCUUUGUCAUGGUUGACUGGAAUUUAUUUCUUUUAAUUACAGCGUGCAGGUCAGUGAUACAGGAAGUCAUAUUUUGGUGGCCAAGUUUUACUAAGGGAAAUAACUGAAAGGAUUCAAACUGAGAGUUGCAAAGGAAAAUGUUAAUGCUUCCAAACCGUAGCUGUCACGGGGCAAUUUCCUUAUUUAUAACGUGCAAUGCAAUGGAUUUACAGCUCCAGGAACAAGUGCUUUGGAGUUUAUGCCUCUCACGCCGACAACAGGUCUGGAAUGUGACCACUUGCUCCCAGAUUUCAGAGGGGCUCUGUCAGGAUGGACCAGAAAAAGUUAUUUUCUUAUAACUUGUUAAAAACACAUUUUAAGUCAUGUAGAGGCUAAGAUUUUUAAAGAUUUGGGGGAAGCAAAAGCUGAAAGUAAGCCCCGGGGAAGAAUUUUUUGAGAACAUAGGAAUACUAUUAAAAUACAUUGAAAUUAAUAAAUGAAAAUGCUUAAAGGUGACAGGAAAUAUUGAGCAACUUAUGUUGGUGACAUUGCCCUUUAUAAAUAUAGAGUAAAAGCUAUUUGAUUCAUGUUUGCUGUGCUUAAAGAACUGAGUGGUUUUAUUUAUCCUGUUCGUGCAGUUGGGGGAAAAAAAUCCAAGAAAUGUGUUGAAUACUCAAGAAAAUGCAGCGUUUCAAUUGCAUAUUUUAAACUGUUUCAGUAAGAGCUUUUCAGAAUGUAAAAAGGUAAUCACCUCUUGCCCAAAUUGUCUUUAAUGUUAAAUUAUGCAACCAGAAUUUGUGGAGGGAGAAAAGAACCUGCCAUGCGUAUUAUUCUUAGAGACUAUGCUUUCAGAAUGAUAAAGCAAAAUUCAGAUAGUGAAAAAGUGUUAAGAGAACUGCCACGUGGCAAGAGACUGAGGCACGUGACACUGGGCUCUGGGAGGCACUCUGCAAGCUGUGCUUCUGGUGCCCACUUCCAGGAGAACAAAAAAUUGCCUCCAGAGUCUUUAAACUCUCCUGUUAUUACCACCAGGGUUUAAGGUUUGGAUAGGGUUUGCUGUGACCAUUUUUAAAGCUUUGGAUUAUUUUAAUGUAGUUGAAGCUGCUGGUCCUAAAAGUCUCAAAUCGUGGUCUAGGUAGAUUAAAAAGGAUUCCUAAACCAACCCUUUUCCCACACACCGUUAAAAUGUAGGUUGGGAGGCAGGAUAUUGAAACCCAAAGCAAUGAGUUUUUGAACUGAAUGUGCUGGUACAUCCCUACGUUAAGUACCUCCUUAAGUAAGGAAUUCCUCACUCUGGUGUGAUAGUAUUUUUCCUGACCAGUCGCUAGAGGACCAUGAUCCAAAGAUACUCAGAAGCUGCGGUAUAUCUCUGCAUGCCACACAGAACUUUGAAUCUAGUAAGCAUCCAAUAAAUGUACGAGAAAUUCCUCUGUCAUUCAAUCCUAAUUCUUCAUUAAAACUUUAAACUAUAUCACCUAUUUGUUUUUUUUUAAGUGGCUUCACCAAAACAGAAGUGGAAAGCAACCAUUAAAAAAAGAAACAAAAAAACAAGACCAUGAUUGUUGUUAAUAGUAUUAGAUGAAAAGUACAUGAUAAAGUAUUUUAAUUAGGCAGAGAGUUUUGCAUGCAGGGAAAAGAAGAGAAAAGUGGUAAAUAUUGGCUAUAGUGCAGUGCAGGAAACUAUCUCUGUUUAAGCACAAAGUACAAUAUUUCUGAUGUCCAAACAUGAAAAAAAUUUAAUUUGUCCAGAUGAGAGCAACCUGUCUUUCAAAUGAACUAUCUGGUCUUUUCAUACACUUUUUCAUUGAGAAUGAACCAUUGAGUAAGUAAGUGCCAUGAAGAAAUGGCCCAACCUUGCCAACCAUUGUGCAGUGACAGCUCACUACAUCACAGUGUGUUUCCUCCUAUGAAAAGUAUUCAAAAGAGAUUGCAACUAAUCUAACUCUUAUUUAAUUGAAAUUGAAAUAUUUCUCCAUUGUGUUUCUUUUUCUGUCCCACCUAAAUCCUUUGAGGUUAGAAAGCAAAAUAAACAAAAGCAAACAAAAAAGGCAUUUUCCAGGCUAUUAAAUUCAUGAUGGAGAAAUUUGACAUCUGCUAUAAAUUUAUAUUUGUUUUGGGUAUGUUUCAUAAUGCAACUGGAAUAUUUGACCUCAGCAGGUAGCAAUUAACAUUCUCGUAUUUAUAUAGUGAUUUAAAAAUAAAUACAAUCAUCUUUGAUUUUGAUGUUAAGGGAAAUGUUUUACUAUUUAGUUAUUAAAACCCCUAUUGGUUUAAAAAUAUCCAUUUCUGCCGAACGUAAUUUUUAAUUUCAAAAGGAUUUUAUUCCCCUGCAUGUUCUGUUCCAAGUUAAGAGUUUCAUGCAAAUGUACCUAUAAGAUACCGUUUCUAGAGAAGAAAAUGUUUUGUAUCAUAUAAGACUAUAAUAUUAAUAAAUAAAUGUUAUACUUGUAAAAAAUCAUAUUUUUACCUCUUAAAAAAGUUAGUUUAGACAUGGGCUUUUUUUUCUUCCAUAUUGGGGAUAAGAAUGCAGUUUCUAGUGGAUUAUUGAUAAAUCAGGAAGUAUUUCCUUUAUGUCAGAACUGGUUGUUUGCGCUUUUCCAUCUUCUCAGCUCACAACUCAUAGUUUUGGCUGUUUUUUUUUUUUUAGUUUAUAGAUGUUU